AAAAAUUCUCCCGAUUUUCUUAGUCCUUUAUCAUUGUCUGUACGAACAAGUGUCAUUGAAAGUUAUUUCUUGUCAGUUGUCACCUCUACAACAUUCGCCUCUCCUCUCCGAUAUGCAAAUCAACCCACCUUUUUCCUUCACGCUGGUGAUUUUUGUUUUGAUUCGGCCAUUAACGGGAGCUGGUAUCAACGUGACUACUUUAGACCCAGCAUUACUCGAACGAAAUGUAAUCGGGAACGCGUCUGCAAUGAACACUACGUGGGAUUACGAUGAGUCACUCAAGUGGCCGAUUCGUAUCGCUCCUUGCGGAGGUGAACACCAGUCGCCCAUCAACAUCGAACCAACCAAAGCCAUCGUCACUGAUUAUCCCCGGCUGUCAUUUGUCCACUACGACAAAGUCUUUCCUGAGACUGUCACCAAUAAUGGACACACAGUGACGCUACAAAUUCACAAAGACGACGGGGAUGACAGGGAUCUGCCUUACAUUAAAGAUGGAGGGCUUUCGGAUCGAUACAUUUUCUAUCAACUUCAUUUCCACUGGAGUAGCAACAACAGAAUUGGAAGCGAACACCGCAUAGCCAACAAAAGAUAUCCGGCCGAACUUCACAUCGUUCAUUACGGCCAAAAAUACGACAACUUUACAGAAGCCUCUAAACAUCCGGAUGGAUUGGCCGUUCUCGCCAUUUUGAUUGAGAUGGAAAAGAGAGAUAACAUCGCCUUCCGGCAUAUUGAGCACUUUGAUGAAAUCACUCGCCCUGCCAAUUCCAGUAGCGCGGGAAUGAACUCGAGUGUUACAAAUCUGACCAACCCGGUCCCAUUGGAGGAUCUUCUGCCAGACAGUCCGUUCAGCUUCUAUCGUUACAACGGGUCGCUAACUACUCCGCUGUGCAACGAAGCCGUCAUCUGGACGGUGUUUGACAUCCCAAUCGCCCUCUCGCAACGUCAGAUGGGCGAAUUUAGAAAACUGUUCAACACAGAGGGCUAUCACUUGAUCGACAACUUCCGUCCAGUUCAAUCGCUUCACGGUCGUUUGGUGACGUACCGCUCCGAGAACUAGUCAAUGUACACUAGAAAUAAUUUGACGCCAAAACCGCAAUGAGUUUUAGAUAUUUUAAUUUGUUUUUUUAAUUAUUCGUGCAAUAUUAUACCCAUCGAUUUCUUAAAUGCAAAUAUAAAAUAAAAAUACCAAA